GUCUGUCACAUCUGUUGUCACCACAGAAAAGCCACAAUAUAUUUCCACUUUUUCUUCUGGUUUCAUCACACCAUAUCUAGUAUUGCUUCUGGGAUUGUUUACCUGGUUUAGGUUGAUGGGGUUUGUUUACCUUCCUUUUACUCUGCUAAACUGUGACUACAAAUUCUGGUCAGGUACUUCUCUUCUCACGGCAACUUUCCUUUCCAUUACCAAUAACAGACAAGCUGCUAACAAUCAUCCUAUCACUCCAGUAAACUGACUGUGAGAUUAUGCGCAGCACUCUGAACUCUUCUCUGCACCUCGUCUAAUGGCUUGAACCAUAUGCGUUUAUAGAGUGUGCCCACCACAUCAAGCCAAGUUGACAUGGCUAAAAAGGAUCCUGCUAAGUUGGUUACGGCUGUUGCUGCACCAGCUGCUGCGGCUGGAGAUGCCUCUCUGAAGGGGCCACAGACUAAGAAAGUGGAAGACUUGGCUGCCAUUGAUGCCUUGUCUGCUGGCUUUUCCAACUUUGCUCCACCUCCACCCGCUCCCAUCAAGAAAGCUGAAGAGUUUAAGUCUGCACCUGUGACCAAGUCUCCUGCUCCCCCCGUUGACAAGAAAGCUAAGGUGGAAAAGAAACCCAUGAGCACAGAUAAGGCUCUGGACUCCCUGUCCUUUGGGUUCACAACCUCUAUGCCUCCCAUCCCUCAGAAACAGGAGAAGAAAGUGGAAGACUUGGCUGCCAUUGAUGCCUUGUCUGCUGGCUUCUCAAAGUUUGCUCCACCUCCACCCGCUCCCAUCAAGAAAGCUGAAGAGUUUAAGUCUGCACCUGUGACCAAGUCUCCUGCUCCCCCCGUUGACAAGAAAGCUAAGGUGGAAAAGGGUGGCUCCAUGUCCCUGGAUGCUCUCAGUGCUCUGGGAGACUCUCUGCCUGCACCAGAACCAGCACCUGAACCUCCCAAGAUCAGACAUGAGGACAUAGUCACGGAGGGCAAACUCACAUCGAAGAAGGGAGUUUUUGUGGGUGAGCGAGAUGACACACUCCCACCAAAGUACAGGUUCACAGAAAACAAAGUCAAAGACCUGCCUCCUCUGAAGCCAGAGCCCUCCAUGGACUCUGGUGAGGCUCUGGAGAUCUUGUCAGGUGACUUCAUGUCUUCCUGUGUGGCUCCAGCUGUCCAUGCUCCUGUCCUCUGCCCCCCAGCUCCUCCCACACAGGCCUCAGAUGACUUUGCCUUGGAUGCCCUGGCAGGGGACUUUGUAGCCCCAGCUGUUGCUCCUGCAGUCAAAUCUGCUGUUGACCGCCAGCUAUCUAGAGGGACAGUAGAUGCUCUGGAUACCUUGUCAGACUCCCUGAUGGACAAGGCUCCUAUCCCAGAGCCUGCUCCUGUCUCAGUCAGAGACAUCGUCAAGGAGAAAAAGGUUAUAGAGGAGAAGCUUACCAAAGUGGGGGAGAGGGAUGAUAGCCUUCCAGUUGAGUACCGGCCCACAGAGAAAGACCGAAAGGCAAUGGCAGAGGUCAAAGUCCAGGCUGAUGUUAGACGCAAGCAGCCGUCGAUGGAUGACAGCAAGGCCCUUGACCUCUUGUCUAGAGACUUGUCUUCAUCCGCUGGUCCAGCUGCAGCCUCAGUAGCCGUGACAACAGAGCAGAGACAGCCCAGACUGGAGCCCAUGUCUGCCCCUGUCCUGGAUGACCUGGCAGGCACCCUGCUCCCAGACACCCCCGAGUUCAAAUCCAAGGGAGACAAGCCAAAGACCAAGUCAAGGUCAAAGUCAAAGAAACAAAGGAAGGAGGAUCCGUCAUCCACAGACCAUCUGUCUGGACAGCUGAGUUCAGACGUAGUGUCAGCAUCCACAAAUAAGGAUGGCAAGAGCUAGACAUCUAUGUUUCUAGCGCACUACAAGUCCCCUGCCACACGGUGGCGCCACUCGAGGGAGCUGCUGUGAAUGACUCUAUUUUUCUAAAUGGUGGAGAACAUAUGCUGGAUUUAAAAAAAACAUGACCACACACUUACACACAUGUGCACACACACACACACACACCACAGUGUGCAACGCCUUUCCUGCUUGGUUUCGCACAUGACAGAAGAUUGUACUAGGUUUUGGUUUCUUUCAUUUGAGAUGAGGAGAGCAAAAUAAAGAGAGGGAACGAGAGCGAGCGAGGGAGGGAGUUUGUCCUGAUUUAUUUCCCAGGAUUGAACAGAGAAUCUGUCCAAUCCUGUAAGGAAAAUUUAAUCUGGGCUUUGCCUUUCAAGUGGCCUGACUGACUGUCCAUCCUAGCUAACUGUCUGCAUUGCCCCAACGUUGCAGUGAUGUUGCUGCAACAUUGCUACAGCGUUGGGGGUAAUAGUGAGUGUCAUGUGUUUAGGAACAGUAUAUAGGGGUUAUGUAGGAUUGGGACGUCUGUCCAAUAUUGUUGUACACAGAAGAGUGAGUUUUCUCUUAAGUGGACACCCACCAUAAUACACUAGUGUACAGCAUAGUCUGCUCAAUAUUGAAACGAUUUAUAAAAGGAUUUACAGGAAAUGAUCUGCUUGAUAUGGAUGCAUCUGUGAGCAAUUCUAUAUAUUUACUUUCUGUAAAGCAAUAUCUAUUAAGAAGGGUUU